CUAAAGAAAUGUUCCUUAAAAAGUAUGGCUUUAAUAUUAUUCAAACCUCUGACUCCUCUUCCUCGAUUUCUACCAACAUUGCGAUUACUUGUCAAGAUUUGCUCACACACAUCGCUGCAAUUAGAAGUUCGUUGAAUCAUUUGGAGAAAAAAACUAAAGAAUAUUUCAGUGGUUCAAGUUGUAAAGAGUGUGUACUUCUUCGUAUCAAGUUAAACGAUAUAUAUACAGAACUCAAGAAAAGGAAAUCACAAAAAGAGAUGCUGCAAAAAAUUAAAGACCUUGAAAAGCAUAUGAUGGAUUUAGAGAAGAAAAAUCUCUACCUCUGA